AUGCCACAAAAGAAGAAGGAGGAGGAGGAGAAGGAUGAGGAGGUGGAAUAUAUGAAGAAAGAUAUGAAUGAAGUUGAAGAGAAAUCUAAAGAUGUAAUAAAAUUCACUGUUGAGAAACUUUCAGUAGACAAAGUCUCACAGUUGGUGAUUUCUCCACUCUGUGGUGCAGUAUCCCUGUUUGUAGGGACUGCAAGAAAUAACUUUGAAGGGAAAAAAAUCAUUAGCUUAGAAUAUGAAGCCUAUCUACCCAUGGCAGAAAAUGAAGUCAGAAAGAUUUGUAGUGACAUUAGGCAGAAAUGGCAACACAUAGCAGUGUUCCAUAGACUUGGCUUGGUUCUGGUGUCAGAAGCAAGCAUAAUCAUUGCUGUGUCCUCAGCCCACAGGGCUGCAUCUCUUGAAGCUGUGAGCUAUGCCAUUGAUACUUUAAAAGCCAAGGUGCCCAUUUGGAAAAGG